CAGCUCGGGGUCAUGUGACCGAGGUCCCUCCUCACCAGAAGCCACUUGAAGUUGUUGUAUUUGUGAAGCAGCUGCUCGGUGCUGCAGCUCUGAUGGCGAUGGAGAACUUCAAACAUUUCCUGGUGGUUCUGUCUGUCGCCGCGGCCGCUGGGCUGGUCUCCAUAAUAUUCGUGCUAAGAUGGGUUCUUCACUUUAGAGAGGGUUUAGCCUGGGAUGGAGGUCCGGCCGAAUUCAACUGGCAUCCGGUCCUAAUUGUGAUCGGGUUUAUUUUCUUGCAAGGAACAGCCAUCAUAGUCUACAGAAUCCCCUGGACCUGGCAUCGCAGUAAACUGAUGAUGAAGUUUAUCCAUGCUGGCUUGAACUUACUAGCCUUCAUCCUAGCUGUCAUAUCAAUGGUGGCAGUUUUUGACUUCCACAAUGCUGCCAAAAUCCCCAACAUGUACAGCCUGCACAGCUGGGUGGGCCUCGCAGCUGUGAUACUGUACGGUCUGCAGCUUGUUCUUGGAGUUGGCAUGUACUUGAUGCCAUUUACACCUGCAUCCUGGAGAGCAGCGUUUAUGCCCCUGCAUGUCUACGGAGGUCUUUUCCUUUUCACCAGUGUAAUAGCUGUGGCACUCAUGGGCAUCACAGAGAAACUCAUUUUUAGUCUGAGCAACCCAAAGUACAAGGACUCUCCCCCAGAGGCAAUCUUUGUGAACGUCCUGGGACUCCUCCUCGUGGUUUUUGGAGCACUAAUCCUCUGGAUUGCCACUCGAAAGUCUUGGAAACGCCCCAGUGAACAGAUCUUGCAUACUCUGCAUACCGACGGGGGAGUUGAGGACAGCAGCAACGUUGGUCCAGCCUUGUCUGAGCUAUCUGAUGUACCUGAUGAGGAGACCUGUGGGGAUGUUAGGAAGAGGAGUUGCAAAUUAGAUGAUCAGCCUAACUGAUUAGUAAAUAACUGACUCAAGACUGGGUACUUUAUCCAGUGUUGAAUGUAGCCUAUGUGUUCACACUUAAGCAAAUAUUAAAAUAUUAUAUUUUCAA